AUGUACCAUCAUGGUAAAUCCCCUCGAGGAAAUUCAUCAUGUGAGUUUGCUGGCAAUGAAGGGUUUGGCAUUCCAUUUGAUGAUGAUGACUACUAUGAUAAUAACAACAAAUCUACAUUAUUUGUUUGUGAUACGGGCAACAAUAGAGUUGUCAAACUAAAUCCAAUCGAUGGCACACUUGUUUCUACAUUCUCAUCAAUAGGUAUUGUUAAAUUGAUAGAUCCUCUGUCCCUAGCUUUCAAUGAUGUUGGUGAAUGUUUCAUCACAACCUGCAACACAGUAUUGUGCAUUCGGGAUGAUGAAUUAGUCAAGAUAUUCACAGUUGAGGAGGAGGUAAACUCUAAAAUAUGGCUGAACAUUACCAUUGAUAGAGACUUUAUCAUCAUCUCUUGCAAGGCUAGUAACACUCUUGUCGUGAGGCACAGAUUUGAUUAUUCCUUCUCGCUCAGACAUACCUGUAGACCUUAUGGAUUGUCUGGUUGUUGUUUGAAUGUUCAUAGUGAAAGAGAUACACGAUUCGGUCUACAAGUAAGCUUCCAUGAGCCUGGAACCAUUCCAAAAGUUUUCUCAGAAACUAAUUUUGCCAUUUCUGGGGUUGACAAUUAUUUCAUCUUGACCAAAGUUUUGACAGAAACACUGAAACCCUCAGUAGAAAAUCCAGAUACAGUUUUUGUAAGAUGGGAUUCGUUAUUGUCCAUUGUCGAAUUGACUGAGAUUGAUCCUCAUGUUGUGGUAAUUUCAGUUGCCUAUUCUUCAUUGAAUGAGAAUAAGAUUCAAGAGGUGGUUACAUCAUCAAUAGAAGGACUACUAGGACAAAUUGCAGGUAUGCAACAACCUCCACAAUAUGGUCAACCUGGAGUCCAACAACCACAAUAUCAACAAUACCCUCCUCAACAAGGUUAUCCACAACAACCUCAACAAGGAAUGUAUCCACAACAACAAGGUAUGCAACAAUCCCAGUAUGGUCAACCUCAAAUGAUGCAAUCACAACAAGGCUAUCCACAACAACAAGGUAUGCAACCACAACAAUACCAACAACAACCUCAACAACCUCAACAACCAGGUAUGCAACAACCACAAUAUCAACAAUACCAACAAGGUUAUCCACAACAGCAAGGAAUGUACCAACAACCUCCACAAUAUGGUCAACCUCAAAUGAUGCAACAUGGCUAUCCACAACAACCAAGUAUGAAUCCUCAAUACAUGGAACAACAACCUCAAAUGAUGCAAUCUCAAUUCGGCCAACCAAUGACUCCAACUGGUCAAUUUGUACAACAAACAACCACAACUGUUGAAAAGACUGUCUCACCAAUGACACCUGUUUCUGUAGUGCAACAAACAACCACUGUUGUUCCUCCACCAAUUAAUAACAACAUGAUACAAGCAAUGAGAUUGGUUGCUGUUGAAGAAUCUGCCAGAGAAUGGCUCAAGAAACGUAUGGAAAUCAUUAAAAUGCUUGAAGAUAUGAUCUGUGCAUUGGAUAAGAAACAAAAGAAAACAGCAAAGGCCAAAGUUGGUGGUACUGCCACAAACAUUGUUGGUGCUUCAUUGAUUGUGGGAGGUAUCGUAGCAGCUCCUUUUACACUUGGAGGUUCGCUUUUGGCUACAGGAGCUGGUCUUGGAUGUGUUGGAGCUGGUACAACCACAAGUGUUGUUGCCUCAGUUGUCGAAUGGAAACAUGCCAAGAAAUCUGCAAAGGCAAUUCAAGAACUCUUGGCAAAGGAUACUCAAUAUGUCAAUGAUAUGAUUAAAAAGAUUUACGAGUACAGAGUUACUGAUCCAUACAUUGAUACUCGUACCAUUUCUGUUGGCUCAAACACUAUUGGAGUUGUACAAUUUGUUGAUGCCCUUAUUGGUCAUAGACACCAAGGAUUGGAUAGUCGUGGUGGAUUGACAAAUGGUGCUACAGGUAUUAUGAGUUUGACCAGUUUAAUGAUUAAAGGUAUGGUACCAAUCAUCUCCAUUCCUGUCGAUAUGGUUAUUUUGGUUGAAGAAUCUAAAAAGGCAAAUGGAAAGGAACCUUCUAAAUUGGCUGCCAAAUUAACACCAAUCUUGGAAUCAAUCAAGGCACAAACAACAAAAGCAACUGGUACUUUCUUACCUUAAUAAAUUGUAGUUUUAUCCACAA